AUGCGCAUUCUGCUGCUCAUCUUAAUACUUGGUUGGGCCAGAGGCCAAUUAUUAGAGAAAUCUCGAUCGGUAUGGGUCGAGCAAGGACUAGUUCGAGGAAAUAUUUAUAAAAUUGACGGGAAGCACAUUCAGAUCUUUAGAGGAAUUCCCUACGCCGAACCACCAAUCGGAGAAUUACGAUUCAAGGUACGAAACUUUUGGUCGAAGAUCGUUGCCCACUUUUCAGUUCCUCUUCUAAACUGACGGAGAAACAUGUGGUGUUUUCCAUAAAUCAUAACUCUUCAUUCCCAAAUCAUGACACUGAGCAGCUGUUUUUUUCUUGCAGCCACCCGUAAAGAAAAUCCGUUGGCACCAGGAGCUUUCGGCCGUCGAGUAUGGACCUCCAUGUCUGCAGUUUAUGGAUUUCCAUAAGAAUGACAAAUUUGCAAAAGCGAAUAUGGAUAGGCAGAGUGAAGAUUGUCUAUACUUGAAUGUUUUUAGUCCUUACGUGAGUGAUAGGAUAGUUUUCUUUCAAAAAAGAGGGUUAAGGACACGGAUGAUGAGUCGAAGACAUUCCCCAUUCUUGUUUGGAUCCACGGAGGAUCAUUUUUGGCUGGAUCUGCCGACACUGGAAUCGAUAUGGAAGUGAUUGCCGCAAAUAUCGUUUCGAAAGGAGUUGCAUUUGUCACUAUCAACUACCGUUUGGGUCCUCUUGGAUUUAUGAACUACGAAAACGGAGAUAAAUUGGAAGGAAACUUCGGAAUCUGGGACAUGGUCAUGGCGCUUCAAUGGAUUCAGUCUAACAUGAAACAAGUCAGUUUUUGUAUUCUUCAUGCCGUUAAAGGAGGCAUGCCACCAAAAAUUUAGUGUAUGAGAUAUUUCUAAUGUCGGAUAGAGCGAAAAAAGUGAAAUAGGAGUCCAGUAGAUUAUUUUUCAUAAAAAUCACUUCUAGGGCUAGAACUGAGUCAGCCCUCAACUUUCCGUUAUUCGUUUGAUAUACAUCAAGUCAUAUUUUGGUGUUUUUUUUUCGGUGUCAUCUGAAUCUUUAAAUGACUUCUGAAUCUUUUUGAUAUUUAUUUAGAUGAACAGAGCACAUUUUUCUGAUCAUUUUUGCUCUUGGAUGCUUCUCGAUAGCUUCAUCCGUUCCCGAGAUAUCACCGACACCACAGUACCCAACGGCGUCCGUCGCCAUUAUAUAUACACCCUAUGGACGAUUGAGCCGCGUGGCCAGGGUGGUGUAGGCGGUUAAGCUUGUGCUUAGCAAUCCGAAGACCGCAGGUUCGAGCCCCGCCGAGUGCAAAGAAAUUUGCCUUGGUUAGACACUGAUCGUGAUGUCUUUCAGAAGUGACUGAUGGACGUGGCGACUCCGGAAGUGUACGAAGUGGGUAAAACAAAUGAUCUGAUUGGUCGACUGGAAGCAGGCUCAAGAAUGGAUGAAAGGCUGAAAAUAAAAGUAAGUCUGAACGAAUGAAAGCUCGAACCUGUGGUCUUCACACCGUAAUACCUGAGUCACCCCUUUUUGUAAGUAUUGCAUCUUUAGAUAUUCUUUCGAUGGAAACUACGCAAACAAUUAGAUCAUCACAUUAUUACAACUUCCAUACAUGGAAUACUUUAAAAAAGGGGUGAAUCAGUGAUUACAGUGUGAAGAACACAGGUUCGAGCAUUCAUUCGUUGAGACUUACUUCUAUUUUCAACCUUUCAUCCAUUCUCUUGCCUGCUCUCGGCCGAUCAAUCAAUAUUGAUACGAUUUUAACCCCACUGCGGUCUUGGGAUUGGUAAGCACGUGCUUAAACACCUACACCACCCUGGCCACAUAGCAAUAGGGUCAGAGAGAGAGAGAUGGUUACGAGGUUGACUUCUUGCAUAGCAAUAGGACCUCCAGGAAAAACAAGGGUCCCCUAAAAUCAAAAUACCAGCUGAAUACCAGGAGUUCCCGGAAUACCGAGCAAGCUAAGCCCCUGUCCGAUUUUGAGCCGCCAGUGGGUCAAAUAAGGGUCUCAUCAUGUGGGCGAAACGUUCAUGCCGAAAAAUGUACCAAACUCACCCUCUCAGAAAAGUGUUCUCCGUUCAUCUAAAUAUAAACCAAAAAAAUUCAGAAGUCAUUUUAGGAUUUAGAUGUCACCGAAAAAGAAAAAUGACCAAAAAAUGACUUGAUGUAUAUCAAAUGAAAAAGAAGAAAAUGAAGAUUCAUACUAACGUCGUCAAUAUUGAAAUGUUUCGUCCUCUGCCCUCAAAUAACGGAUGAUCUCAUUAAACUGUUCAGUUCAACGGAGAUCCAACAAGAGUGACUGUGAUCGGAGAAAGUGCCGGUGGUGCUGCUGCUAGUCUGUUGGCCGUGUCUCCAAGAUCACAAGGUCAGUUUGUAAUUGAGAAAUAUGUGUUCAAAUUUUGGGACAUCACAGGUCUCCUGCAUCAAGCAAUCAUCAUGAGCGGCUCAUCAAUGGCUGGCUGGGCGAUCCAUCGUCACAGCCAACCAGCGUAUUCCGUCGACAACCUGGUGGCGUACUUCAGGUCUCUUGACAAGGGGUACAUCUAAGUCUACAUUUGCGCUCGUUUCCCUCUGUUAAUGUUUUGUUUUUAUCCAGCUUCUCCUUCUCCUCCGGCUUACUGCUUCUCCCCCGAACGCUUCUUUCAGUUGCACACCUUAGUUCACGCUUCCUAACCUGGGCUCUACACGCUUAAUGCUCUUAGUAUUAUCAAUUUUGAGUUCUCAACAUUAAAUUCCGUCAGAUGCGAAAAGUGGAUCAACGAGGAAGACACCAAGGAAGUAGUUGGAGAUGAGUAUCAGCAUUUGACCCAAGCUGUUAUGCGCUCUUCACUUUGCAACUAUCAAAACGUUAAAAUUGAUUGUCUAAUUGUAAGAAAAAUCCUGUUCUGUGCCUCAUUUUGUUGUUCAGGAUGACAUGGGUCAAACCGAAAAACUGAGCUGUCUCCGGAAAGAGCUCAAUUUUUCUUCGCCACUUUUCCGGAAAGCAUUAGCCGCUGAAGUACUCCCAUGAGUGCACGCACAGAUUUUCUGAAAUAUAUUUUUUCAGCUUGGAGUGUCCAAAAUGGUGGUUGACGGGGACUUGGUGCCGUCUUCGGGAGUGUCCCUGGUCCGCAACAAUGCCCGAAUUCCAAUCAUGACUGGCGUUGCACGCAAAGAAUGGGGCCACAAGAAGGGUAAAGUGACAUUUAUUUGAUUAUAGUCGGGUUCAAUUCCACUGAUGGACUUUUCAGCCAUGUUCUAUAGCAUGCACCAAAGAGACGGAUUGAAGCGGAGUGACGUAGAGGAGCAAGUUUAUCGGAUUAUUGAUAAUAGUUUCCACGAGACUGCGUCUGAAAAAUUGUCCAACUCAACGAUUCAGCUGAUUGCAAAUGCGACAGUUGUUAGGUACAGUAGUCCCAAACACUCUGAAAGCAGUUCUAUGAUUUAGAUAUCUGGAGAACGUCAAAAAUGAGUUCAAUGCCGACCAAGUAGUCGGCGCCCUCCAGAAACUGGAAUCCGAUAUUGAGUUUGUGGCUCCUUGUCAGAGGGAAGUCGCUGCUUACGUAGACAAGGGCAUCCCAGUUUACCUUUACUCUUUCGAUUACGUGCCCAAGAGUCCAAUUCUUGAAUCGGUAAUUGCAUUCAUGCGUCAUGCACAUGUCAUUCAAUUAUGUAUGCAGGAACGCAAAAUCUACUCGCUUUUUGGCGCGAAACCCGUCGAAAUGAAACGCACUGAGAAAUCUGAGAUCCGUUAGUUAUUUGUUUCGUUGUUCUGUUUUCUGAACCCGGGAAUCAUAUUUCAGUGGAGAAGGCCGCGUUCCACGGUCUCGAUCACGCUUUCAUUUUCUCCAGAGGCUACAGCAGUAACUUCGAAAUUUCCCCGUUCACGAAGCGCGAAGAGACAAUGUCAAAGAUUCUCACCACGAUGCUCACCAACUUUGUCAAAACAGGAGAUCCAUCCACGACGAGGUUGGGUUCGAAAAAGAAGAAUAACAAACAAAAAAACACGGCAGAUGACUCAACAUUUCAAGAUUAUUCAGAUUCUCGUGGCCAAUCUUCUCGGCAAAUUCUACCGAACACGUCUCCCUUAACGUACCCCUCAAGUAAAUAUAGCAUUUUUCUCCUUUAUAAUUACGCAUGACUAAUUCUGUUUUUCUUCAGACUUCUCGAGGGUGAGAUUCACUUUCCGGACGCCCAGUUUUGGAACACCGAGGCCGAUCUCAUCACCAAGUACGUGGCAAAGGACGCUGAAAUGGAUUUGGACCCGGAUGCCGAUUUGACGAAUGAAGAGAGGGUUCAGCUGUCGGCGUACCGUCGUUCUUGGUACGCCCUGUGGGUGCUCGUCAUCAUUCUGUCGCUGAUCAUCUGGGGAUUUGUGGCAUACUGUGCCUACCGGAAGUCGAAGAGUGCUCGCAAUCGUCCGUAUGAUAAUAUUUUGAUUUCAAAACAGAACUGA